AUGGAGCUUUGUUUUACCUUGCCAUUUGUAACUUUUAGGGCACCACGCGUACGCCUAGCAGUCAUACGUUGGAGUUUCUUCACCAUGGUGAGAUUUUUGGAUAUCGUUAAGCCUUUCUGUGCCAUCCUACCGGAAAUUGCUCGGCCUGAGCGAAAGAUUCAAUUCAGAGAACGGGCAUUAUGGACUGGUAUAACUUUGAUGAUUUUCCUUUUCUGCUGUCAAAUUCCCCUUUUCGGAAUUAUGUCAUCUGAGUCUGCUGAUCCGCUCUACUGGCUUCGGGUUAUAUCAGCCUCAAAUAAGGGUACUCUCAUGGAACUGGGCAUCUCUCCAAUCAUAACUUCGGGUCUAAUUAUGCAAGUAUUAGCGGGUAUUCAAUUUCUUCAAGUCGGCGACGCUCCUAAAGAUCGUGCUCUCUUCAAUGGAGCUCAAAAAUUGUUCGGUAUGAUUAUUACAAUCGGCCAAGCCUCGGUGUAUGUGAUGACAGGUAUCUAUGGUCCUCCAAGCGAGUUAGGUCCCGGUAUUUGUCUUUUGAUUAUUCUUCAGUUGACAUUUGCUGGCCUUCUCGUUUUGAUGUUGGAUGAACUCCUUCAAAAAGGUUAUGGUCUUGGUUCUGGCAUUUCUCUGUUUAUUGCCACUAACAUCUGCGAGACUAUAAUAUGGAAGGCCUUUAGCCCAAUCACUAUUAACACUGGAAGAGGAACUGAAUUUGAAGGAGCUGUCAUUGCUCUAUUCCAACUUCUUGCGACAAGAUCUGACAAGGUUCGCGCUUUAAGAGAAGCUUUCUACCGCCAAAACCUUCCUAAUUUGAUGAACUUAAUGGCUACCGUUCUUGUCUUCGCUGUUGUCAUCUACUUCCAGAGCUUCCGUGUUGAAAUUGCGGUUAAAUCCAUUCGCUAUCGCGGUCAAAUAACCUCGUAUCCUAUUAAGCUUUUCUAUACUAGCAAUGCUCCCAUUAUGCUGCAAAGCGCUUUGGUUUCUAACCUCUAUGUCAUCUCUCAAAUGUUGUCUAGCAAAUUCCGUGGCAACUUUUUGGUCAAUUUGCUCGGAAUUUGGUCCGAUGGUGAAGGAGGUUCCAGAUCAGCUCCAAUUGGCGGGAUUUGUUAUUACAUGACGGCGCCUGAAUCACUUUCCCACAUGCUAUCCGAUCCCAUACAUGGCAUAAUUUACAUUGCCUUCAUGCUCGGAAGCUGUGCUUUCUUCAGCAAAAUCUGGAUUGAUGUAUCGAAUUCCAGUGCCAAGGAUGUUGCUAAGCAACUGAAGGAGCAACAGACUGUCAUUCCUGGUCAUCGGGAAGAGUCGAUGGUCCGUGAACUCAAUCGCCAUAUCCCAACUGCUGCUGCUCUCGGUGGUUUGUGGAUCGGCGCUUUAUCAGUUUGUGCCGACUUCCUAGGUGCUAUUGGUAGUGGAACUGGUAUAUUAAUGGCAGUGACAACCAUUUACCAAUACUACGAGGUGUUUGUUCGGGAGCAGAAUGAAAUGGGAGGCUCUAUGAGCACCCUUCUUUUCUAA